UCACACGGGCAGGUUCACUGCCCUGCUUGUUUUAAUGAAUGUAACAGUGACAACCGGUUACAACCUUACAAUCCGGGUUUGAUUUGCCUCUGCGCCGCUGUCACCUCGGAUGCAGCAUUUCCUGCCAUUUCUAGUUGGAGAAAAACAAGUAUGAAUCAGUGCCAAGAGCCAGGUGACGGGCAGGAGUUUGUGACUGAGAUUGUUUGUCAGGAAGAUGACCUGAAAGAUGGACAGAUGAAGGAGGUUACUGUGGGGGACCAGAAGGUGUUGCUAGUCCGUAUAGAGGGUCAGUACAGUGCUGUUGGAAGUCAGUGCUCCCAUUACAAUGCUCCUCUUGUCAAAGGUGCCUUGGUUGGUGACAGAGUGAGAUGUCCGUUUCACGGUGCUUGCUUCAAUGUCAGAAAUGGAGAUAUUGAAGAGUUUCCAGGUCUGGACUCCCUGCCUAGUUAUAAGGUAAAAGUUGAGGAUGGCAAGGUGUAUGUUUCCAUCAACAAAAACUCUCUGAAGCUGACGAGGCGAGUGAAGGCGAUGUGCAGUAUUGUACCAGACGUCAAACACACCAUCCUUCUGAUAGGUGGAGGUCCUGCCUCGCUGGUUUGUGCUGAAACGCUUCGACAGAACUGCUACCAAGGUCGAAUCAUCAUCAUAACCAAAGACAACAUGCCUCCUUUUGACAAGACCAAACUGAGUAAGGCUAUGAAUGUGGACCCUGACAGCAUCCUCCUCCGGUCCAGUGACUUUUAUCAACAGCAUGGGAUUGAAGUGUGGACACAGAAGGAGGUGGUGUCUGUGAACCCCGCUGACAAGGCGGUGAAGCUGAGUAACGGCACUUUGCAGUGUUACGACCAGCUGCUUAUCUCAACAGGCUGCAGAGCACGGCCGCUCAACUGUCCCGGCGCGGACCUGAAGGGAGUCAAGUUGCUGCAGAGUUUCGAAGACGCCAAAGAGAUUCACAGCUCCUGUCUGGGCCACAAAGCUGUCGUUAUAGGAACCUCUUUCAUAGGUAUGGAGGUGGCAUCCUUCCUAUCAGACAAAGCUGCCAGCGUGGCCGUGGUCGGCACCUCCAGUUCCCCGUACGAACACUCUCUGGGGCCAGAGAUCGGCAAAAUGUGCAUGCAAAUGAUGGAAGAAAAAGACGUGAAGUUCUACAUGAAAGAUGAAGUUUUGGAGAUCGUUGGAGAGAACGGCAAAGUGAAGGGGGUGCGGCUGAAGAGUGGUGCAGUCCUGGAAGCAGACGUUGUGAUUGCUGGAAUUGGUGUUAUCCCAAAUACAGAUUUCCUGGCUGGAAGCGAGCUGGAGGUGGAUUCAAGGAAAGCUCUGAUUGUUGACAAGUUCAUGAGGACCAAUAUUCCAGACAUUUUUAGCGCUGGAGAUGUGACCUCUUUCCCUCUGACCAUCCGCGGGGAUCAAAGGGUCAACAUUGGUCACUGGCAAAUGUCACAAGCUCAGGGAAGAGUAGCUGCUCUAAACAUGCUUAAAAAGCCAACCCAAAUCAAGUCAGUCCCCUUUUUCUGGACUGUGUUGCUUGGGAAGAGUAUCAGAUACACCGGCUAUGGGGAAGGAUACACAGAAAUCAUAUUUAAAGGCAAAGUGGAAGAGAGGACAUUUCUGGCCCUUUACAUAAAAGAUGAGGUGGUGGUAGCUGCAGCCAGCCUGAUGUUUGAUCCAGCUGUGGCUCGUAUUGCAGAGAUGAUGGCUGCUGGACAGAUUAUAACAAAGGCUCAGACUCGAUCUGAUGACCUAAAGUGGCUCCAGAUGUAACCUGAGAUCUGCUCCAUCCAGGGUAACACCUCUCAAUGAAGCAGGAUGUCGACCUUUCUUCUUUUCUUUAAACCCUCACUUCAUUUAAUGAUGACUAAUUGGAUUGUGUCCCUCACUGCCUCAAAGCGCCCAAGAGCAAAUCAGACGUCUGCGCUUAUCAGAGCUCUGUUUUUGCUUUAUUUCAUUUGCUCUUUGUGCACUCACUGAAUAUAUAAUUUCUGUUUCAUUCACUCACAUUCAGGCUUGUAGCCGGUUCACCUGAGUCUGGGCUCAACUCACGCUAGACAACAUAAAUAUUCCAAUUUAUUAUCACUUUGACUCUUAUUCCAUUCACAGUGAAUUUAAUCGUAUUUGCAGCAUGGUUAUACUUUAAUAAAAUCUUUUCCUUACAAGUUUAUCUAUUUUAAUUCCAGUAAAACACACACUCCAUGUCCACCACUGUGAGUAUCAUAUUUCACAUCUUAGAUACAGAGGCCAGUUAGAACACUGCAAUUAAAAACAUGAAUAAAACUGUUAAUAACAAUAAUGUUUUUAUCCAUAAUUAAUAUUUACAGCAAAACUGUAGCCCGUUGUUCAGUCUAAGUCAUAUAACUGAUUAUAGAACUGUUACACACAGAUACAUGUGUUCUGACUUUCCACUUUCUUUUAAGCUCUUAUUUGUUUAAGUCUGCAUGUGUUGUGGUACUUUACUUACCUCCGGGUAUUAGACCAAUCUUUUAGAGUUUUAAGACCAAUAGUUAUUUGUGUUAUGUUUACUGUAGAGACUAAUGGUGCUGUAUGGGAUGCAAUUAUUUCUGUUUGUUGCUUUUUUAAAUUAUUUUACAACAAAUGCAAACCAUUGUUCUUCAGACAUGAUUAAACGUUUGCUUUUCUAAAACAUC